ACUAAAAUGCGAGGUUAGAUUUUGCUCUCUUGUGCCAUAGCCAUACAGGUAUCUCUUUAUUUACUUUUCAGAGAGUUUGUAGCUCAAGUGAAAGACCAUGUGCUGAUUGCUGAAGUAGUUAACAAAUACAACCAUUGUCUCCACUUACGGCUUCAUAGUUGCCACAAGUAGACGUUGGAUGGAGAAUACUGCUGAAAUUAUCAAUAAUGUGGACACUGUCAAGAAAAAGGCAAAGACCGUAGUAUUGUACUUUACUAAUUGCUGGUGGACUCUUAGCUGUGCAAUUUCCACUUGCAUAAAUAAUGCCUGCUUUGUAUACGAUGGCUCAACUUUGUAAUGGCUUGUUAAAAAUAAUUAUAAUUC